AUGUCUAAAGGAGAAUCUUUGUUUCAAAAACACCACAGACUGGCUACUGUCAGAGAAUGUCUACUGAUGUACGAAUUCCAUAACCAGACUAAAUUGACAAAUGCAAAAAUGCUCAGAGCUGUCAACAUCCUCCACAGAGUCAGGAUCCAGCUCCACAGAAGUGAUGGCUAUGAAAAUGUACUCAUCCAGUUCAGGAACACUGUCACUGCUGAUUGA